UGGACCAUUGUCAUUAUUACACAUUAUAUUGUGCGCUAUUUUUUUUCCGCUUAAAAAUUCUAAUUGUAAAUCGUAGUAGUUCUUAAUACGCAAUGCUCGAAAUUAACGGCCGACUGAUUUCUAUAUGACUGUGAACGAUGUUGAAAUCGCUGCCUUAAUUCUCAGACGCUCCACAAUAGUUUCGCAUAUGUGAUCGCGCGCUGUUUGUCGAACAUCUCGCCCUCGCGUUGCGGUAUUAUACAUUCAUUAUAAAUAUCGUGAGAGCAAUUUUAGAAGUCCGUAAUGAAGGCGUCGGUGUGUAUUCUAUUUCUUGUGCUUUGCGGCACGGGACUCAUUAGCGGCGAUGACAAAGGAGUGUCACAGAAUGUCUCUCAACCGACUGCAGCUGACAAUGAACUUAAAAAUGUUCCAAGUACGGUGUCUACCUCCGAAAUGCCGACUGUCGCUACUAAUGAGACAAAAACCAAUAUGACCGAAAAAUCAACAGUAGUCACACCCAGUGAGCCAGUAUUGCCGAAAAAAGGAUCGGCUGAAGAAGAACGCAACAGUUCAAUUGCUAUUUUCUUUGUGCUCAGCGUUCUUGCUCUAGGGAUACUGCUCAUUCAUCUCAUGUUGUCCACACAUUUUCAAUAUUUACCCGAAAGUGUAGUAAUUGUGUUUCUCGGUGCUGUUAUUGGGCUCAUUAUUAAUCUCAUGUCUGAACAGCAUAUUGCAAAUUGGCGCAACGAGGAAGCAUUCUCUCCGACAGCAUUUUUCCUCGUCCUGUUACCUCCAAUUAUAUUUGAAUCUGGUUACAAUUUACAUAAAGGAAAUUUUUUUCAAAACAUUGGUUCUAUAUUAGUGUUUGCUAUUAUUGGCACCACUAUAUCAGCUUUAGUUAUUGGUGCUGGUAUCUAUGUUCUUGGUCUAGCACAGGUAGCUUACAAAUUAAGUUUUGUUGAAAGUUUUGCGUUUGGAUCCUUAAUUUCAGCUGUUGACCCUGUAGCCACAGUAGCUAUUUUCCAUGCGUUGGAUGUAGAUCCUGUGUUGAAUAUGUUAGUAUUUGGAGAAAGUAUAUUGAAUGACGCAAUUGCUAUUGUAUUGACUACAUCAGUAUUACAGUCCAAUGGACCAGCUAUGAGUACUUCGGAGGCUGUAUUGACAGGCAUCAAGCAGUUCUGUUUGAUGUUUUUUGCUUCAGCUGGUAUCGGAGUAAUAUUUGCCUUAAUCAGUGCACUGUUAUUGAAAUAUGUAGACUUGAGGAAAACACCUUCAUUAGAAUUUGCUAUGAUGUUGGUAUUCACUUAUGCACCUUAUGUCUUGGCUGAAGGCAUUCAUUUGUCAGGAAUAAUGGCUAUUUUAUUUAAUGGUAUUGUCAUGUCACACUACACUCAUUUCAAUUUAUCAACUGUCACACAAAUUACAAUGCAACAGACAAUGAGAACAUUGGCAUUUAUAGCUGAAACGUGUGUAUUUGCUUAUCUUGGACUAGCAUUAUUCAGUUUCAGAUUACACUUUGAACCAGCUUUAGUCAUUUGGAGUUUAAUUCUAUGUUUAAUUGGACGUGCUUGCAAUAUAUUCCCAUUGGCUUAUUUGUGCAACAAAUUCAGAGAACAUCAAAUUACAAAACAUAUGAUGUUUAUUAUGUGGUUUAGUGGAUUAAGAGGAGCCAUUUCAUACGCAUUAUCAUUGCAUUUAGAAUUCAGUAACGAAACAAGACAUGUGAUAAUCACAACUACGUUAUGUAUAAUAUUAGUCACAACUUUGUUGUUUGGUGGUUCAACAAUGCCACUAAUGAAGAUUUUACAAUCAUCAAAAGCUGGGAGAAACACUCAUCGCCGAAGAAAAGACAAAGCUAUCUCUCUUAGUAAAACAAAAGAAUGGGGGCAAGCAAUUGAUUCUGAGCAUUUAUCAGAACUAACUGAAGAAGAAUUGGAAGUUAAUUUUAUCCAAUCAAGAAUCAGCGGAUUUGCUAAAAUGGACAUAAAAUACUUUAUACCAUUUUUCACUAGACGUUUUACACAAGAAGAAUUGAAAGAUUGUAAAACACAGAUGACAGAUUUAACUAAUCAAUGGUAUCAGGCAAUUCGUAUAUCACCAACUGCGUCAGAUGAUGAUAAGACAGCGAACAAUGGACAGCCCCAGACAUCUAGCCGCCAAUCGAGUUGACAAUUACAGCAACCACCAGUUGUGAGGCAAAGUAAUAAUUUGUUAAGUGACAUUCAGAGCUUGUCUGCAUCGAGUUUACCACAUACAACCAGCCAACCGCAAUAAUUUUAACAACUUUACUAUUUAAUGUACUUAAUGUAUUCAAAAAAUAUAAACAGAAUUUAUUCCAAAUAUUCUGAUAAUUGGUUCACAAAUCUGUAAUGAUAAUUGUGAAUUAUGACUUUCAGAAAAUUUGGUAUAAUUGAAAUGUACUUUAACACUUGAAGUCUGAAUAUAAACAACAAAUUUACUUGCACAAAUUUAUACUGUUAAUGUUAUACUCUAGAAUUUUUUAAAAAACAAGUGUGAUAGUCAUUAUAAUUUAUGUACUUUUUUUGUUUUUGUUUAAAUAUUUAGUUUAUCUUAUAGUUAUAAUUAUUUCUAUAUGAUGAAAGCAACUGCCUUGAAAAAAAUUAAAAUUACAUAUAUAUUUUGAAAAAUGCCUGUGUGUGCCAUUUAAUAAUUAUUUUUAUAUAAUUACAUUAUAAUAAUAUAUAAAAUGAGCUUAUUAAUAAGCACACAAUUCUACUUUUCUAGUAUGUGCUUGCACUUGCAUUAAUAUACAAACUUGUGUAUGUAUGUAUAUAAUAUAUAUAUUACAUACACUUUCCUGGGCUUUUGCUUUAAUGAAAUGUAUAUUUUUUAUUGUAUCAAAUCAUAAAAUAUAAAUAUUAUAUUCAGAGUAUUUUCUUAGCUAUUAUUAUAUCAUGUAUGCUAAUAUGCAUGAUAUUUAUAUACUAUAUACGUUAUUACAGUUUCAUAUUUACAGAUAUUAUUCUAACAAUUUUUUUUUCUUCUGGUUAAAAGUAACAAAAACAAAUUGCUUAUUUUUAUUAGAAAUCAAAUUAAACAAAUUGGCAGUACUUUUAUUCAUGUGUUACCUUUUUAUUUAAGUUUAAUUUCAAUAUAAUGCAUUAAUAUUUUAUAAUGUAUCAUAUUAUUUUGUUAAUAAAUUUUUUCUGUUGUGAUAUAAAAUAAACAUUAUCAAAAACAAAAUGAUUUAUAUUUUUUUGUUUUAUUUGAUUAUAAUAUAUUUUGUAUUGAUUAUGAAUGCUUAAAAGAUUACAGUAAGUUGUAGAGUACAUGCGUGAUUUUUUAUUAUAAGAUUAAUAUUAAUGCCAUUAACAGGUUAUAAUUUAUUAUGUAAAUUAUGUAUGUUGUUAAAAUUUAGUUCUCACUUCUUACUACAUUCAUCGGCUCUACAGAUAAACAAAAAUUUAAUUUAUACUCAGUUUAUUAAUUUAAUGCAAAAUAACAAAUUUUUCACAGCUUAGAUGUAACAUUAUGUCUAUAAUCAUUAAAAUUAAUGAUUUUGGUAUUGUAAUUAUAUUAUAAAUUGACUUUAUUUAUCUGUGAUAUGUGAUGUGACUAUAAAUUAUUUUAUAUUAAUAACAAUAUUAAAUCUACAAGUUAAUAAUUCAGAAAUCUAAUAA